AUGGUAAAGCUGACGCGGUUAGUAUCAGAUUUCCUGUUGCCCAAGAUUCGCGACAGUUUCAUGCGCCAAUUCGCCGCAGUAUCGGCUCUGGAGGAGGUGGAGGAAGAGGCGGUGUCGGAGAUCCUGGCGGCUGCUACAACGAUGGCCUCCAUCUCCGCCAGCGCCGCCCUCAUCCCUAGCGGCCUUGCUUCGGCCUCUGGAACGGUGGGGGCGGCGGGCGCGGGUGGAGGAGGAGGCGGUUGUGGUGGUGGCACCGGCCCUGGCGCCAAACCAGUCCCUCAAUCGCACUCUGUGCCCGGUACUAGCGGCGCUGGUGACAGUGGCACCCCCAUCUUGGCUGCCGGUGGGUGGCGAUCGAAAGCUGCUGAGACAGCUGCAGCCAUCUCCUGCUCACGUGAAAUUCGACGCAAAGUGCAUGGUCUUCAUGGGGAGGAGAAAGUCAGAGCUAUUGUCUACCUCCUCAAGUAA